GAAAAUCUGUGACAGCGCAGCGUUAUUGUUUGGUGUUUGGGUUCUGUUGUACAAUAAUAAUAGGGGUGUAUAUAUUCUUAUGGUAGCAAUGCUAUUAUCAAUGGGUUAAGUGCCCUAAUGGGCAUGUAUUGAAAAAGAAAUCCCAGACCCUAAAUUAAUUUGUUUGCACGAGACACGAAGAGAUCUCUCUUUGUCAGAAUGUCUGAUCGUAAUAAAUAUUUGAUUUCUGGCAUUGUUUGUGCCACUGUAGGAGUAAGCGUAAUUUUUGCGUUUAGGAGAUUAAGAUACCGGAGAUUAAAAACAAAUAUACUCCACAGUCAACAAUGGAAAAAGAAUAUCAUUGUAGUGGACUCCUUAGAAAGAUGUGCGCCGGUUAUUGACAGCAUAAAAGAGAAAUGCCAGACGCUUAAAGUUCUUGGGUUUGAUUGUGAGUGGGUAACAAGCGAGAAAAAGUCACAUCCAGUAGCGCUUCUUCAGUUAGCAUCGUCGGACGGGUUUUGUGCUCUGUUCAGGCUUUGCAAAAUUAAAUGUGUUCCAGACGACUUGAAGGUCAUUCUCGAAGACAGCCGCAUUUUGAAAGUAGGUGUAGCUCCUACUGAUGAUGCAAAAUACCUCUUUCGAGACUAUGGAGUGUCAAUGCGGGGCUGUUUGGACUUGAGGCAUUUGCUUGCAGCAAAGGGCCUUACAAUAUCAGGCGGCCUUGCAGGCCUGGCAGAGAACAUACUGGGUGUUCACUUGAAUAAAGACUGGAAAAUUCGUUGCAGUGAUUGGGAGCGUGAUCACCUUACUCAAGAACAAUGUGAAUAUGCAGCACUUGAUGCUUUAGCUGCAUAUGAAAUUUUCAUCGAUAUUGCCAGACCAUCAGGAUGGUUUCAGAGUGGACAUGAUGCUGAUAAUGUAUCAAAGAUAACUGAAUCAUGUCAGCGUUACUUAGAUAUCAAAUACAAGAGUAGAAAGCAUGGUACAGCAGUGGAGAAAGAUGCUGGUGUUAAUGGAGCUUUUUGUGCUGUUAAAGAGGUCAAGAAAUUUAAGCAGUCAUCUAGAGCGCAUUAUACUCGAAGUCGACCUCUGUAUGAUAACUGUUACUUACAAGCACCAGAUGGAGAAAUUCUUUGCACCUGUGAUAAUAGCAAGGCCAAAUGGUACAUACAGAACAAUCUUGGUGAUCUGAUUACCGAGGACCCAUUCACUGUAAGGUUGCGAUUUGAACCUUCAGGCAGAGCCGUGGGAGAAGUGGGAAGUUACUACACCCAAGUAAAAGACAACUGUUGUGUUGUUUGUGGUCGUACAGAGUCAUAUUUGAGAAAAAAUAUUAUUCCUCGUGAAUACAGGAAAUACUUCCCAGCUGUAAUGAAAGAUCACACAUCACAUGAUGUUUUAUUGCUCUGUUGGGAGUGCCAUCAACUCAGCAAUUGGCAUGACUUGUCCCUUAGAACAACACUUGCAAAAAAAUGUGAUGCCCCAAUAGGGACAAAAGAGAACUUGAAGACCUAUAAUAUUCCUGGAUUGAAAGAAGUUCGUUCUGCAGCAGUAGCUCUGCUAAGAAAUGGAGAUAAAAUUCCGCCAGCACGCAAAGAAGAGAUUAAGAAGAAAAUUUUAAAUUAUUUUCAAGAGAGAGGUGAAAAUAAUGUGGAACUGACUCCAGAAAUGUUGGAGGAGGCAUCUGUUGUUGAAACUUGUGUACUUAACCAAGACUACCAACCACAUGGACAGAAAGUGGUUGAAUUUUUUAAGCAAGAUGGUAUGGGCGGCUUGGUGCAGUUAGAAAGAAUGUGGCGAGAACACUUUCUUGAAACAAUGCAACCCAAGUACCUACCACCAUUGUGGUCUGUGUCACACAAUCAUCACCGACUAGCCCAGCGAGCUGAACAGAACAGGGUUUUACCUCAUGAGUUAGAUAUUGCUGGUCUUGGACACAUUACAAUCAAAGAUUCACAGAAGAGAUGUGAAGAUCCAAGUGGUUGACUUUAUUUGAUGUUUUCACUGAAUGCACUAAAGCAUUUAUUCUGUUAAUUAUUUGUUUUGUUAUUUUGUAAGGAGACAAAUAUAUAUAUUUAUUUUUCCUUC